UUGGCCGAUGAGCUCAACGGCUUGUCAGUUUACAUCAGCAGUAUCGCAUGGGGUUUUUCUUCGUAUUAUUAACUCAUUUCGAUUCACAGUUAUUGUUAAUUUCAUCGCACAAAAAGAUCACUUCUUCGUCCAUUUUUCAAACCUUUUGUUUACGAGGUCACCUGUUAACAAAUGGCUAAGUUCCUGCCCUCAUGUUUAAAGAUGAACAAAAACAAGGCUUGAUUAGCAUACUGAAGGAAGGCAAAACGUACACAACUUACCUCAGGCGCUUUCAUAACCCAACGACACCACAGACUCAUCAAGCCUAAAUUAUAAGUUUGCUUUAGGUUACAGUUAAUAUCUAAAACAAGGCUCUACCGUUUUUAGAGGAAAUCGCACCUGCGUAAUAACAGAAUUUUGGGAUUUUUUACCUACAACAUCAGUACAAUAGAAUACGCUUACGUCUCGAGAGCUCUGACCGAUUUUGCAAAUGUUGAAGAAAGAGCAAGCGAUCGAUAGAGAAAGAAUUACUUAAUCGGUCCAUGCUGGUUGCAUUUGUAUGGUAACAACCGACGCCUGAAAGUCCAAUCCUAGUAAUAACUAUCAGACAAGUAUUAUGUUUGAACGACAAGCGAGCGUGGAAGACGCGUACGAUUAUCUAUUCAAAAUCGUUUUAAUUGGUGAUUCUGGAGUUGGGAAGUCCAACUUGUUGUCACGCUACACCAAGAACGAAUUCCAUCUCGGCUCCAAGGCAACUAUCGGCGUAGAACUGGCUCAAAAGACGAUUGAAGUGGAAGACAAAAAUAUCCGCGCUCAGAUUUGGGACACCGCAGGCCAAGAGCGCUACCGAGCCAUCACAAGCGCCUACUACCGAGGAGCCAUGGGCGCCAUCUUAGUUUACGACAUUGCCAAGGUAACGUCGUUCCAAAACCUCGACAAAUGGAUAGAGGAACUGAAACAACAUACCGAUUCAAACUUGUCCGUAAUCAUAGUCGGCAACAAAUCGGACCUCAAACAUCUUCGGAUCGUAGAAACUAAACGAGGUCGCCAAUACGCCACUGACCAGGAUAUGCUUUUUAUGGAGACGUCAGCGCUAGAUUCCACGAACGUCACCGAGGCGUUUGAGGAUCUUGUGAAGCACAUAUAUGAGGGGAUAAAGAAAAGAGAAAACGAGAAAAAAUCGAGAACAGUGUUGCCUCUUCCAGCGGAUCACUUGGCACACAUCCAGAAUGGAACUAACGGAACUGUUAAUAUUGGAAAACUAGCUGCAGAGAAUCAGUCUGUUAAACAGAAAAAUAAUAAGCUUCCUUGUUGUGCCACAUAAAGAAGGGCCAUCGAUUUAUCCUUUACAGAUAUUCAGUAACGUCAAGACUGAAAAUUUAGAAAAGUGAUGUUUCACAGCCUAUAUACUCUGAUGUUUGAUCAUUACACUGCCCUGCACUGAGGAUUUUGGUUUAAUCAGUUCGGGAGGUAAUGCAGGAAUUUGAAAGUUAACUCGUAAAGUUCUGAAUUAAGCAAGAACUAGCGUGGAACAGUUUACAACAUAUGGCAAACACUGUUAAGACACGUAUUACGAAGAAUCCACUUGAUGCCAUAUAAUUUAGAUUCUAAACUCCUCCUAUCCCCCUGCAUAAAAGGUUUUGUUUCUAUGUAAGGCGUUCAGAAAUAGCAAGCCUGCGAGCAGGCUCACCUAUGAGUCACUCGCGCAAGUGGUGAAGAGCGGAGAGGGAUCUGGUGAAGAUGCUUCGUCGCUCGCUUGGAUCGCCGCUCUCGCGUGUGCUAAACUUGAGCCUACUCGCAGGGUAGGAAAUAACUGGACUUCAUAUAUUUCUGUGAAGGAGAUAUUAUACAAACCAAAUUAUUACCUUCAGAGUAAUCGGUUCUCCUAGAACCAUAAAUGCGAUGUAGAUUCGAUGAUACAUAAUGGGUUCAAAUUACUGAGUAACUUUAUUCUAGCCUGGGACGUGAAAUGACGGUUUUUCAUACUAUGAAUGUUGCCACUCGGAGUGGCAACUCGAGCAAGAUAUGGCUUGCGUUUAGUUGUGCCUGUAUGAUUCAGUUGUAUUGACCUGUUUCAGGUUUUCUUAUAACAGGGGCUGAAGGAAAGAGAUUGCAACGAGCAAAACUGAAACAUAGCUAUAAUCAUUUCUAGUGAAAACCCUGUUAUGUAGUUUUAUCUUCAGUUACCGGCUAGGGAACUAUGUUAAAGACCUCGUACACAGGCAAGACAAGUUUGCGUGUGGAAACAAUAAAAACUUUGAGGGCUCCAA